AUGAGUGCCAACAACAGCAACGCUGGAGAUGCAGGGUUGGCUGAAUGGAAACAAAUAAUUGUUCAGCAGGAGAACGACCAUCACAAGGUGAGGAAGAGGGGAGCUCCGCGCCGCAGCGGCGCGACCACAAAUGCGGCCGAGGACCGCGGACCACCCACCUCCACGCUACAGCACGUGAGACGAGGCGCAGAGGGAGAGACACUCUAUGGGCCGCGAUUGUCUGCGACCAUGGAGAGGGGACACCUAAGUGCAGGAACCGAGGACCGGCGAGCCGUGCAAUCCGGCAUGAGGCGACCAGAAACGCAGGCUCAUUUAUGGUUCCUCAAGUCUCUAAAAGCAGAAUGGGAGCCAGAGCCUUUAGUUACCAAGCUCCUCUCUUGUGGAACCACAUUCCGGUCUCAGUCUGGAGGCUCUUUUGGAUUCAGCCACAGCUCCCAGCAUCCCACACACACAUGUGAAGAACUCCUUAGUCUGCGCGGCCCUUCUUUGCUGUACGUGGACAAGCCUGUUGUCCAUGCGGAGAUACGGAGGAAAAGGAGAGGCUGCAGAGGUGGACGAAAGAAGCGUCUCCAACAAGACGGAGGGCUGGCUGCGCUGACCCGGCAGCAGAGGGAGUACCAGGAGUGCAGCCUCAUGUGUUUCUCAGAGACGUGGCUCAAUGGACUGAUCCUGGACUCUGUGGUUUCCCUGAACAGAUUUACACAGACCGGAGUAGGGCAGAGCGCUUUUGACACCAUCAGACCAGCACUGCUGGGGGAAGCUGGAGGAGUGGAGUGGAUCUGGCUGCCUGGACCAUCGACUACCUCACUGACCGUCCACAACAGCUGCCAUCUUCAGAAGUUCUCUGAUUACUCCACCAUCGUGGGCUGUGUGUCAGCGGAGAACAAGCUGGACUACCAGUCAAUCAUUAUGGACUUUGUGUACUGGUGUGCUGAGCAGCAGCAUGUUGGUUCUGCAACAUUAGACAUCUCCUCUUGUCCCAUCACAUAUUAUGGAGAGCAGUACACAACGCUGUAUGUGACUGCCACGAAUGAAUCAUUCACAGCCUGUUUCGACAGCAGCAGUGGUGUGGACUGUAUUGAGGGGCCUCCAGUCGAUGAUAAUACAUUUUACUUUGAAGAAACAUCUGACAAUGAAACACAUUACCAUCAGAAUUUGCCAUAUAUUUUCAGCCCACUGAUAUGCUCAGUGGAGUUGAGUGGGUUUUUGGGUGGACUUAUUUUUUCUCUGACAAUAAGCAGCUUUGGCUCACAAGCAGCUGUGAAAUUAGAAGCAGGCAGUCUGGGACCACAUGUGUUUGAAUUUGUGGUCAACGAUGCUUCUGUAGGUUCAGUGAGUUUGACAAACACAGGCCCGAUCUACAAAGACAUCAGCGCAUGCAGACAGUCAGGUGUUGUGUAUAACUAUGGGGAACAGGUCAGUUCUGACCCAGACACCUGCUCCACUGAAUCCUGUGAUAGUGUGGCAACCAUUCAGCCCGAUGGAUGUCACCCUCUGGAGCGUUGUCAUGGCAACAACACCUGUAUUCUUGACCCCAUCUGCACUGUGACCGGCCCCGCUGUCAUUGACUUUUACGGCCAGCUGAACUAUGUGGAGGAUCGGUGUGGGUACAAUCUGCUGACAGGUUCAUCAAUCCAAAACCUCACCGUGGUGGCGAACUUCCGGGAACGUCGUCGUAGAGAUGUGAGCUUUUUGGACAGCGUGACACUGCGGCUGCAGGGGCAGGAUGAUGUUCACCUGGAACAAGGCGGGAUAGUUAAGGAGGGGAACACAGUGCUGACCAUCAACGGCUCGACUGAUCUGGGAAACGGUGUGGAGGUCUUUGUGGACCCAACUGGAGUCACUGCCAGGGUCACGAUCGGCAGCAACACUGUUUCUGUCUUCUUUGACGGGAACACUGCACAGAUCUUCCUGGAAGGACCUGGUGGACAAGAACCACAAUUGGAUGGCUUGUGUGUCAACUCCAUGUCUUUGAGUGAUGAGAGGCGCGACAACAACAGUACCAUCGACUGUGAGGUGCAGUACAAUGACACUGCUGACAGUUCCAUCGACUGCACCGCGAUGACUGAACGCUGUAACCUCCUGUUGGAGGAGCCCUUCACCGCCUGUCACAACCACACCGACCCAGAGUCCUACGUAAACGCCUGCAUCGACACUUUGUGCAAAUACCCUGCGGUGGACGGUCUGAACUGUCAGUUCCUGGAGGCCUACGCCAGACACUGCAGCCUGCGCAGCAUCAACAUACUGGACAGCUGGAGGUCAACGGCCGGCUGCUCCCCCCCUCAGCCCUUCUGUCAGGGAAGGAUCUGCAGCGAUCAUGAGUUCUGUGCUGAGACCAUCAGUGGUGGAAUCGGCUGCUUCUGUCGGGCCAUUUUUGCCUUCCCGUACAGAUCGAAUGACACUUUGGUUCACCCGACGGUCUGCGAGGAGAACUCAGCCUCAGUUACUCUGGUCGGGUGUCUCCUGGAGGAGAAAGGCAUCGACUAUACGAUGUUACACCUCAAUGACCCCACCUGCACGGGUCAGAGAGAUGAGCUGGACCACAUGGUGACCUUCAGCUUCAACGGCAGCAACACCUGUGGGACGGAGGUCAUGGCCAACAACAGCCAACUGAUCUACAUGAACACCAUCACAGUCCUGAACAGCUCCUCUGACAACAUCACUCGCGAGGACCAAGUUUACAUCGACUUCUCCUGCGUCUUCAUUCAGCCAGAUGUCAACACUGUGACCUUCAGAAUCAAAGACAGCUCUGUGAUUGAGAAGAUCACAUCUGGAACUUGGAAUUACACUCUGACCAUGAAGGCCUACACCGACGCCGGACGCACACAAGCUGUGGACUCCAACACUGAAGUCCAGCUGAACCAGCAGAUCUGGAUGGAGCUGGAGACUGACGGGCUGGAUGACGGUUUGGUCGCCCUGGUGACCGACUCCUGCUGGGCAACCGACCAGGCUGAGAGUCUGAGAUACAACCUGAUUGUAGACGGCUGUGCGAACCCCGAUGAUCAGACGGUGAAUGUGGUGGGAAACGGAGAGGGAACGUCCAGCUACUUCUCCUUCAACAUGUUCCAGUUCUCUAGGAGCUCUUCUGAGGUCUCUGUGCACUGCAAAGUCAACCUGUGUGCCAGCCUGAACCAGACCUGCACCCCGGAUUGUAGCGGAGGUCUUCGGAAACGCAGAUCUGCUGGGUCCAAAUAUUUAGAUGAGGCUCCGGCCUUCAUCUCCAUGACCUGGACUAAUUAGGUUGUUUCCACGGUAACUCGUGACUGACUGGCUGUCGACCUUCACCUUGAUUCCUGAGUUUUACGUCGUCCUAAUCCAGAGCCUGAUUGUGUGAAUGCUUUUGUUUUCGAACAACGUGUCCUGAAAGAUUAGCUCACUUAGCUCACAAGCCAUGCUAGCUCAAACAGUAAUAAAGAGACACUUCUGCCCCUCUUCCAGCUGAGAUUGGGUUGAUUCAGUCCAGAUUCCCCUCAGAUGGUAGAAAUUAUUUCACUGAUUGGAUCCUUUAAAAGUGAAUCUUCCAUCAGAGCAGAGCAUGUUAGCAUGACUCAUUUCUCAAUAACAAACCUGAGCUAAUCUUUGAUGGAGCGUCUCUGAGCAGAAUGUGUUGCUGUGCCUUCCUCACUGGUUUCCACACUGCAAACACAGCACCUUUUUAUUUCCUGAAAUAUGAAACACUAUAAAAACAUAAUCAAAAACUAUAUGGUGAGGGAAAGUGUGUGUUGGGAAGCUUGGGAUUAACAAUAUAUGUAUCAACAUGUUAUUCGUUCUAUCGUGAAUCAACACUCCGAUCAUUAACAAUAAUCAGAUGUUAUUUGGAACAACUAAUGAUCAUGAAUGAUUCAGUGUUGUCUGCAUAUUAGAGUGUGUGACAUGGAGUGGACAACACUGUAUAACUUUAAAAUCCUUAUAAAUCCUGAUAAUAUUUACCUUUUCAUUCUUUUCUGGAGACAGCAGUUUCUGUCAGCUUGUGCCUGUAACAUGAUAUCAGCUCAUCACAUCAGUUCAGUUUGAUCCAUGGUUGAUGGUUGAAGCUUUGCCACAACAAGGUUUAGAAGUUCACUCUGAGGAAAACAAUGAAUUCAGUGCAAAUGCAGCAUCAACAUGUUGAUGAUUUGCAGAUUCCAGGUCAGUCAGAAGUGAUCUGUGUAGCCUCACUGCACUGACAAUCUAAACACAAGACUGGAUCCUGCUGUC